AUGCAAGCGACCCUUCCUUCCCUCCCACAUGAAAUUCUCCGCGGGUCGUUGCCAUUGCCGAAUCGACUCUCAGUCUCGGACCGUUACUUCCUUCGUAUUCCAGGUCACCAAGACAGCUUUCAUUCUCAGACUCAUUCGCAUUCUCACCUCAUCGCUCAUACCCAGACACGGCACUUCGCUUCAUCAUAUCGCCGCUUCAACCUGCCAAACCCAGCCAUCGGACCGGCUCAUCCUGGCUGCCACAAGGCAAACUCCAAGGCGUCACUUUUAGCGCAAUCCGGCUUUAUCCCGCAGGGUCCUCCGUGUCUUCGGCGCCGGAUCCCCACUCAAACGGCGAUUAAUCGCAUUAGCUUGAGCCGCGGCCUACUGUGUACGUCUUCGCACUCCCUACAGAGUCAAGGAACUUUUGUUAUCGGAUCCUCCAGAGAAUGCGGCAUGCAUGCUCUACAUCCUCUGCUCCUCAUGGCGAUAAUGGAUGAGCCUCUCUUGAGCAAAAGUGGUGGCGCAAUACUGCCUCUUUCUACUAUUGAGGCAGUUCGCGGCCUCAUCGGAGUACUGGUACACAUUUCUGAUUCGCUCAUCGGUAGAGUUAAGCUUCUCUAUUACACCCACAAGCUAAUGAACUCUAUUCUCGGCACCCACCUCAACCUCGUUCUCGGUCAACUACCACAGGCCAACCAUGUAAUACGCAGCAGCCUUAAGGAUCAAAGCACUCAACGGCUGUUAUCAAAACUUGUAAGGAGAGCUACCGGAUAUAAUUCCCUCAUCCCGCUCCACCUAGCAUAUGAGAUGAAAAGUAGUGUUGACCCUUAUGAUCGAAUCAUCAUCAGCGCAAUAGGUGUGGAUAUUUCAGGCAUCCGUACGGCACCGCCUCUAUGCUUUGCCAACAAGUCCCACUUUGCGGACUCAUAA